CAAGGUUGACUAUGUGAACAACAACAUAUCAGAGUGCUUUAACAACUGAAUUAAAGAGACGAAAGGGUUACCUGUGGAUGUCCUCGUGGACACAAUUAGGGGUAUGAUCAUGGAAAAGAUAGAUAUGAGGCAGCGUAUAGCUAACAAACUUGAAGGUUCCAUUCUCCGUAGUGUUAAAAAUAAGCUGAACAUGAAGAGUAGAAACUUGAAGUACACAAUUAAGGGGAGUGGUAGUCUGAAGGCUGAGGUCUCUGGAUUGACUAAGGACAACUAUCCUUGGAGGCAUGCUGUGGACCUUGACAGCAGGAAAUGUUCAUGUGGUCAGUGGCAUAUUUCUGGGAAACCUUGCACCCAUGCAAUAGCCUUUAUAGGUUCCCUUAGAGGAAUUAAACUUGAACACUUUGUUCAUGAAUAUUACUCAGUUCAACGGUUCAAGGCUACAUAUCACUUUGGGGUCAACCCAAUGGUUGACAAGUCACAGUGGCCUAUUGUUGAUCCCGGGUUUGUAAUGUUGCCUCCAAAGCUUGAAAGGUCUGCAGGUAGGCCAAGAGUGAAGGGGAUCAAAAGUAAGGGUGAGCCAGGAAAAAGGAGUUCUUACCAAUGCAAAAGAUGCUUCCAGUUUGGGCAUAUUGAGAAGGGUUGUACUGAGCCACCUACUGAUCUCACUGUUGAAAUGCCACCAGCAGCCCCAAAAAAUUCAAGCAAAAGGAAAGAAAAGGGCAGUACAUCUACCUCCAAAAAAGCUCCAAAAAAAUCCAAGAAAGAAUCUGCACCUUCUACUUCCUUAGUUGCAAAACCACCUGUUAGUCCAGGGCCAACAACAAGAAGGAUGGCAGCUUCUACUUGUAGUCCUAUCAGUCCAGGACCUACAACAAGGAGCAGGGCAGCCGCAGACAUAUCCCCAGGAGGAAUUGCAAGAAGGCUUAUCAUAGGGUAAGAAAUGGCUUUGCUACUGUAAUGUUUAGUUAGACUAUGGAUGUAUCUAUUGAACUGCUGUGUGUGUUAGCAGACAUGCCCCCUUUGCUAUGUAUGUGCUGGAUCCCAAACUGUUACUCUAUUCACA